CAGGGCUCUGAGCGCUGGGCCAGCCCUGCCCUCUAGUGCCCCGGGAGCUGCUCCGUGCAGGGCUCAGCCCGGGCUCCCUGGAGCUGGGCCACCCAAAGUCCUCCCGGGGCCCGCGGAGCCGAGCAGGGGCUGACAGGCUGCCCACCGCCCGCGGCACCACCUCCCGCUCCACACCGCUGCUGAGGGGAACGAGGACACGUCCCAGGCCCUCCCGAGCACCACCAGCCCGUGUCCGCGCUGUCACCCCAGCACAGGUGCCCUGCGCCCCAGGCCUUGGGACACGCAGGCGUGCCCGUCCGGGUGACAAUUGCCUUCCCGGCACCCCGGGUCGAUAACCUGGUGGCCAAAGCGCUCGGUGGGCCGGGACGGCGUGGGGCCGCGCCAAUGGGUGCCCGCAGCCGCGGGAGAGGGAGGGAGGCUCCGCGGGCUCUGGUUAAACUGGAACGAGGCGCGGCAUCGUCCCGCGGUCCCUGCCCUGGGGACUCUGACCCCGUGGGCCGGCGAGGGGAGCUGAGGCAGGCAGCGACGAGCAGCCCCACAGCCACUGGGACGGAGCCAGCGAGGAGCCGAACAGGAUGGAUCCCACUUUGGAGCUGGCAGACGACCCCAGGUUCUCCCGCCCUUUGGUGGAGAUGCUGAUCAGGAACUUCAGCGUGCCGGCAGCCUGCUUCUCCCUGCCGCCCACCUCCCGGCAGCUGCUGCACCAGCUGGACAUGGCCCAGCUCAUCAUCCUGGGCCUCUGCACCAUCAUGACACUGCUGUCAGUUGUGAUCUAUGUGGAAGAGGUUUCGUACCUCUUCCGCAAGAUCCGCUGCCCUAUCAAGAUGAAGACCCUCUGCUGGAGCAGCUCAGCCCCUACGGUCGUGUCAGUGGUCAGCUGCUUUGGCCUGUGGUUUCCGCGCUCCAUGAUGGUGGUGGAGAUGGCUACCACGGCGUACUUCGCUGUCUGCUUCUACCUGCUGAUGCUGGUCAUGGUGGAGGGCUUUGGUGGGAAGGAAGCACUGCUCAGCACUCUGAAGGAUGUGCCCAUGGUGGUCAGCACUGGGCCCUGCUGCUGCUGCUGCCCUUGCCUGCCCCGAAUCACCAUGAGCAGGAAAAAGCUUAAAUGGAUGAUCCUGGGGACUUUCCAGUACGCCCUCUUCAAGGCAGUUGCUGUCUUCCUGGGGCUGAUCCUGGCCACCGAUGGGAAUUACAACCCUGCUGACAUUUCAGGGGAGAGCGUGGCCCUCUGGAUCAACACCUUGGUUGGUGUCUCCGCCCUCUUUGGGCUGUGGGGUCUGGGCAUUCUCUUCCGGCAAGCCCGGCUGCACCUGGCUGAGCAGAACAUGCAGGCCAAGUUCACCUGUUUCCAGAUCCUGCUCCUCCUGACGGCGCUCCAGCCUGCCAUCUUCAGCAUCCUGGCCAACAGCGGCAGCAUUGCCUGCUCGCCGCCCUUCUCCUCCAAGGCCAGGUCGCAGCAGAUGAAUGUGCAGCUGCUGAUCCCGCAGACCUUCAUCCUGGCGGUGCUGACGCGGAUGUACUACCGCAAGCAGGAUGACAAGCCGGGCUACCAGCCCAUCAGCUUCGCACCCACAGGCGCCGACGUCAAGGCCUGAGCAGGAGGGACAAACUGAGGUGCCAAGGGGCAGAGUGAGGUGAGGGACUGGUCCACCCUGCACAACCUUCUCCUCCUCCCCUGACCCUGGGGAGCUGCUGGCAGCAGAAGAGGCAGAAGGGGAAAGAGCAUCUUGGGAUAGAAUGAAACGGUCUGAAAUCUAUAAGCCAUAAGCCAAAGGGGUCCAUGGAGCCACCUCCAGCCCAGGGGCUCUUGUCUAGCACUGAGUAAAGAUAAAUUUUUACAAGA